AUGGGAUCUAGUGCGGGAGGGAACAUCGCGUAUCAAGCAGGUUUACGUUGUGCUGCAACCGUUGAUGAGUUUGAUUUUGACGAACUAAAGAUCAAAGGGUUGAUAUUGCACCAACCAUUUUUUGGUGGGUCCCAAAGGACAAAUUUGGAAUUGAGACUCGAAAAUGAUCGUGCAUUGCCUCUUAAGGCGAAUGAUCUAAUGUGGGAGUUUGCAUUGCCUGAGGGUGUAGGUAGGGACCAUAAGUUUUGUAAUCCGAUGGUUAUGGAUGAAGGAGAUGAUGAGUGUUUUAAUGAAAUCAAACGGUUGAGAUGGAAAAUUCUUUUGACAGGUUGUUAUGGAGAUCCCUUGAUUGAUCGUCGGGCUGAGUUUGUGAUGAUGUUGAGAAGCAAAGGGGUUGAUGUUGUGGAAUACUUUGGGGAAGGUUUUCAUGGGAUGGAACUAUUGGAGCCAAGCAAAGAUGGACCACUAUUUGAACAAAUAGGAUAUUUCAUCAAUCAAUGUUGA